UCUGAACACCAAACGCAGCGCCUCCUCGCAAUUAUCGCGGUUGCAUAAAAAUAUAUGAUUAAUCUGUUAUAGAGGCGAAUUUGGGUUCGUUCGGAAUGAGGCGUUGACUCCAUCCGAGCAAAACUACCCGAACAAAACAUUAUUAUAGCACAGGACAUCAACAUUUAACAUUUAACCGAUGCUCAUUUACAGCAGGUGGCGUUGCUUGUAUAAUCUAUAAUCGCGUUUCGAUCCGGACCUUGGAUUGGAUCUGCCUGUUGUUCAGAUUCAGCACUGGACAGCGACCGAUUUUGUCGCUCGGACAUUCAAAACGACAAGGAAUCAUCGAGAAAGGUCGAAUCGACCCUUGCUUGGCUCGGGGCAAUGCGCGGCUAGAUGACUUCACUACAUCAACAAGCACCGUAGCCCUGGACUAAAUAUAUCACCACACCCCCCUGCCUUCUCUCUUCCUUCUCUCUCAUCUUGAGCGCCUCCCGCCCGCUAGCACCAUGGGUAACCGAGGAAUGGAGGAUUUGAUCCCGCUGGUCAAUAAACUCCAGGACGCUUUCAGCGGCAUCGGUCAGAGCUGCAAUCUUGACCUGCCACAAAUCGCGGUAGUCGGCGGACAGAGCGCUGGCAAGAGCUCGGUGUUGGAGAACUUCGUUGGCAGGGACUUCCUGCCCCGAGGCUCUGGGAUCGUCACCCGCAGGCCCCUUGUCCUGCAGCUCAUCAGUGCCAAUGCAGAAUGGGCAGAGUUCUUACACUGCAAAGGGAAGAAAUUCACUGACUUCGAUGAGGUUCGCCAGGAGAUUGAGGCGGAGACUGACCGCAUUACUGGGGCCAAUAAGGGCAUAUCUCCCGUCCCCAUCAACCUGCGCGUCUACUCCCCACAUGUGCUGAACCUGACCCUGAUUGACCUGCCAGGCAUCACCAAGGUGCCCGUGGGGGACCAGCCAGUGGACAUUGAGCAGCAGAUCAGAGACAUGAUCAUGCAGUUCAUCUGCAGGGAGAGCUGUCUCAUCCUGGCUGUCACUCCGGCCAACUCUGACCUGGCCAACUCAGACGCCCUCAAACUGGCCAAAGACGUUGACCCCCAGGGCCAGCGGACCAUAGGAGUGAUCACCAAGCUGGAUCUGAUGGAUGAGGGAACAGAUGCCAGGGAAGUCCUGGAGAACAAGCUGCUGCCCCUAAGGAGAGGUUAUAUUGGAGUGGUGAACCGCAGUCAGAAGGACAUUGAUGGAAAGAAGGACAUCAAGAUGGCUAUGGCUGCUGAGAGGAAGUUCUUCCUCACUCACCCGGCCUACAGACACAUGGCCGAAAAGAUGGGCACCCCGUGCCUACAGAAAGUCCUCAACCAGCAAUUGACCAACCACAUCCGCGACACGCUGCCGGCGUUCCGUAGCAAGCUGCAGACCCAGCUUCUGUCUCUGGAUAAGGAGGCCGAGGAGUACCGAGGAUACCGCCCUGAUGACCCGGGACGUAAGACCAAGCAACUGCUGCAGAUGGUGCAGCAGUUCUCCGUGGACUUUGAGAAGCGCAUCGAGGGCUCUGGGGACCAGGUGGAUACUGUAGAGCUCUCUGGUGGAGCCAAGAUCAACCGUAUCUUCCACGAGAGAUUCCCUUUCGAACUGGUUAAGAUGGAAUGUGAUGACAAGGAGAUGCGGCGGGAGAUCAGCUACGCCAUCAAGAACAUUCACGGUAUCAGGACUGGCCUGUUCACUCCAGACAUGGCAUUUGAGGCCAUUGUUAAGAAGCAGAUAGUGAAGAUCAAGGAGCCGUGUAUCAAGUGUGUGGACAUGGUCAUUCAGGAGCUGAUCAACACCGUGCGCCAGUGUACUAACAAGCUGGAUUGCUUCCCCAGACUGCGUGAGGAAACCGAGAGAAUUGUGACCUCACACAUCAGAGACAGAGAGAGUAGGGCCAAGGACCAGGUGUUGCUGCUGAUCGAUGUCCAGCUCUCAUACAUCAACACUAACCAUGAGGACUUCAUAGGCUUUGCUAAUGCACAGCAGAGCAGCAAGCAGAGCAGCAAGCAGAGUAAUGCUGCAAGCCAGGUCAGCCAGGUCAUCCGUAAGGGCUGGCUAACCAUCAACAACAUCAGCAUCAUUAAAGGUGGGGCCAAGGAGUACUGGUUUGUCCUGACCGCUGAGAGCCUGUCCUGGUUUAAGGAUGAUGAGGAGAAGGAGAAGAAAUACAUGCUCCCUCUUGACAACCUGAAGGUGCGAGACGUGGAGAAAGGCUUUAUGUCCAGCAAGCACGCCUUCGCCAUCUUCAACACCGAGCAGAGGAACGUGUACAAGGACAACCGUUUCCUGGAGCUGGCCUGUGACACUCAGGAUGAGGUGGACAGUUGGAGGGCUUCUCUCCUACGCGCUGGGGUCUACCCCGAAAGAUCUUCCAAUGUGGAGAGUGAGGGCGGCGGCUCCUCGUCCUCGUCCCAGGACAACUUUACCAUGGACCCUCAGCUGGAGCGAAAAGUGGAAACCAUCCGCAACCUGGUCGACUCCUACAUGGCCAUCGUCAACAAGUGCAUCCGCGACCUCAUGCCCAAGACCAUUAUGCACCUCAUGAUCAGCAACGUGAAGGACUUCAUCAACGCGGAGCUGCUGGCCCAGCUGUACUCAGCCGGGGACCAGGGUGCCCUGAUGGAUGAGUCCCAGGAGCAGGUCCAGAGGAGGGAUGAGGUUCUCAGGACUCACCAGUCCCUGAAGGAGGCCCUGGCCAUCAUAGGAGACAUCUCCACCACCACCAUCUCCACCCCCAUGCCGCCGCCCGUGAACGACUGGCGCGGUGGAGGCGGCAACAGGUCUCCUCCAACCAGCCCCACUGGUUCCAGGAGGAUGUCAUCAGGCCAGCGCCCUAGUCCCGGAGGGGGGCGUGGGGCUCCACCCCCUCCUAACCGCCCAGGACCCCUGGGGCCCUUCAACAACAGUGCUGAUAGCCCCCAGGUCCCCAGCCGCCCCAACCGGGCCCCUCCCAGCAUCCCCAGUCGGCGACCUCCUCCUUCUCCAACAAGAAAUGUCCCCCCAUCUUAAGCAGUCAAAGGAGCUUGUGAUCUCUUAAGGGCCUAGCGCUCAUCCCCUAGCGCUCAUCCGUCCCCAUACCAACCCCAUUCCCCCUAUCCUCCACAAGCCCCUCUUCUGUCUAUCCUUUACAUAGUGCAGACAUUGAACCUUUUGCCCUCUGUCCCUGACCCCUGACCUCACGCCAGGUGACGAUCGAUGUCCAUGUAUCUAUGUACAGUAUGGUGCUUGUCUUGUGGUGUAUCUUUCUGUAUGUGUGCUUGUGCUCACCUGUGGUCCAGGUCUGUUUAGCAGAUCCAGUUCCGACUGAGUUUCAGCCCUUAGAAAACCUCCAUCUCCCUUACCUAGAUACCAUCUUGCUGUCCCUAGAACCCCAUCCUCACCCUCCACCCACCUCCACCUAGACCCCACUUGCUGCUUCUCUACAUAUCUAUGCUCAGCAGUGGCACUGCCCUACCCAUUCCAAAAUGCAGCAUGGCACAUAGGUUGCUUUUAUUGCAUGUGUGUGUGUGUGUGUGUGUGUGUGUGUGUGUGUGUGUGUGUGUGUGUGUGUGUGUGUGUGUGUGUGUGUGUGUGUGUGUGUGUGUGUGUGUGUGUGUGUGUGUGUGUGUGUGUGUAUGUGUGUAUGUGUGUAUGUGUGUGUGUGUGUGUGUGUGUGUGUGUGUGGGAGGGGACUAAUUGGCCUAUCUAGGCCAAGUUAGUUUUAGUAUCAUAUAUUACAUAUUGUACAACACCUUCUUUCUGUGGGUUAUUGGCUAGGUGUUCGUUCUUCUCUUAGAGAGGAAAGAAUAUGUCUUAGUGGAGUGUGUGUGCGUGUGUGUGUGAAUGUAAGUGUGUGCGUAUAUUUGUGCAUAUAUAUGUAUGUGAGAGUGUGCCAACACGUGUGCAUGUAUUGUCUGUCUGCACGUUGGUUUGAUGUUUGAGUUGUAAGCUGUUAAUAAAUCAAGACCCUUGGGACUAAUUUGAUGUUGGAUUACUGUGUGAUUUGUUCCUGUGUUGUAGUAGCAGUCAAUACACAUAGAACAAGGCUGAGGACAUUGUUCAAAGCAAAACAGCCUCAAUAAAUGGUAUGCCUGUAUCUACUGUAUCACUGGUCAAGUGGAGAUCUUCCUCACACCUUUAAGCUCAAACUCACAGAGGCUGGCUGGCGAGAUGGAAGGAAGUAUUCCCAACACACAGAGAGACAGAGAAAUACACUAAUAUUACCGGUCACCACUAUGGGAAGAUACAUAUCUCUGUGUGAUUGAGAACAGUGACAUUCUCCAUUUAGCCUUUGCCUCAGGUUGGAUUCAAACCUCCCCUGUGUUCAUGACUGAUCACAUGCCACUUCAGAACUGUGUAAAACAUAUAUCUCCUCUCACUGUCCUCCUCCUCUCCCCGUCCUCUCCUUUUCUCCUCUCCCUCUUCCUCCCCAGUCCUGAGUCCAGUCAGCCACUGUGCCCAGAGCUUAAGGUGGAUUUGUGUAAAGUGCUCUCUGUCAGUUUGUUAUUGUGUAUGUAUGUGGUCCUCUUUUGAGACUGUGUUCUGCAGUACAUACAUACACACCAAGGUAUUAAUAAUACAGAGGUGACUGUUGACUAUAAUGACCUUGUUACAAUCUAGCGCUUGUUCUCUCAAUGUCUCUAGUGUUCUAUCGCUCUACUUCUCUAAAUAGAUCAAUUAGACCGCCAUAGUGGCAUGAGUUACAAGUCUGUAUUGCCAAAGUUAAUUGUAGAAAGGAAAUCAUACAAUAUCAAGCAGAACAUCAACAAUGUGGUUCCUAUAGUUAUGAAAAUAUAUUGUAUGUAGGAGGAUUUAGAUUAAUUGGGAAUUGAAUUGCAACAGUGGUUCUUUUCUUUCUGUGUGUCUGUAUCUCUCUUCAAUAAACUAUUCCCCUCCCACUU